AGCCUACGGUUGACGUUGUUGUUGUAAGUGGUGGAGAAAUUACUUUGUCGGUGGUGGUCCGGUUUGGGAUUUUACGCUCAGUUCCACCUAUGAAGAUGGUAAAAAGUUAAGAAGUGCCGGUCUUGGAACCGUGUGAGCCAUUCACAAGUUGAUACUUGCUGGAAAACUAAAUGGGACGAUGGAAAAAAAACAUCUGCGAGGCCGCUCAAGGUGUGGCUGGUAUAGGGAGUAGGACAAGGUAGAGGACUGGACCCCCUCACCCCGUCCCUUGCUGUCCUGUCAGGGAGAGCAGAGUCCGUGUUUGUUUUUUGUUUAUUGUUUUUUUGUUUUUUUUCUGUCCGGACACAACCCGCAAACUUGUGAAUUCAUGAUCACAUGACCGUGGAUAUGGACGCAGUCCUGUCCGACUUUGUCCGUUCCACUGGAGCUGAACCAGGAUUGGCCAGAGAUCUGCUAGAGGGCAAGAACUGGGAUAUCACUGCUGCCCUCAGUGACUUUGAGCAGCUACGACAGGUGCAUGCUGGGAACCUGACAUAUUCGUUCGAGGAUAGGAUGUAUCUGCCCCCUGAAAAGGAAAUGGCCAGGGUAGCGCGGCCGAUACUCCACCGCCAAGAUGAGGUGGUGCAAGCAGCAACAGAAAAGCGUCUGUCGAGGGGAAUUUCCCAUGCCAGUUCAACCAUUGUGUCCUUGGCCCGCUCUCACGUCUCAAGCACUGGAGGUACCAGUAGUGAGCCACUUCUGGACACGCCCUUGUGCACUUUCCAACUACCAGACCUCACCGUAUACCGGGAUGACUUCCGUGGCUUCAUCGAAAGGGACCUUAUUGAGCAGUCGAUGAUGGUAGCCUUGGAGCAUGCUGGGCGACUGAACUGGUGGACAAAAGUCGUUUCAAACUGUCAGAGUCUGCUGCCUCUGGCAACAAGCGGAGAUGGAAAUUGUCUGUUACAUGCAGCCUCGCUUGGUAUGUGGGGUUUUCAUGACCGGGACCUGAUGCUACGAAAGUCUCUGUAUGCGCUGAUGGAUCAUGGAUUGGAGAGAGAAGCACUGAAGCGCAGGUGGAGGUGGCAGCAGACCCAGCAGAACAAAGAGUCUGGUCUGGUGUACACGGAGGAGGAGUGGCAGAAAGAGUGGAAUGAACUGUUGAAGCUAGCCUCCAGUGAGCCGAGAAUACACUACAGCACCAACGGCACCAACGGGGCGGAGUCCUCUGAUGAACCAGUUUAUGAGAGUUUAGAGGAGUUUCACGUCUUUGUCUUGGCUCACGUCCUCAGAAGGCCCAUAGUUGUCGUGGCUGACACUAUGCUGAGAGACUCUGGAGGAGAGGCCUUUGCUCCCAUCCCGUUUGGAGGCAUCUACCUACCACUGGAAGUGCCAGCUGCCAAGUGCCAUCGCUCGCCCCUGGUCCUGGCAUACGACCAGGCGCACUUUUCUGCCCUGGUCUCCAUGGAGCAGAAGGACAGCUCCAAAGAGCAAGCAGUUGUGAUCCCUCUCACUGACUCGGAGCACAAAAUGUUGCCUCUACACUUUGCUGUGGACCCUGGAAAAGACUGGGAGUGGGGCAAGGAUGACACAGACAACGUGAUGCUGGCAAGUGUGGCUCUCUCUUUGGAGGCCAAGCUCCAGAUGUUACACAGCUACAUGACGGUCGCCUGGCUGCCCCUGCCCUGUGAGCAAGCCCCUCUGGCACAGCCCGAGUCUCCCACAGCAUCAGCCGGAGAGGAUGCACGCACUCCUCCUGACUCAGGAGAGUCAGACAAGGAGUCAGUCAGCAGCAGCUCCAAUGGCAAUGGAGACACAACCACAGGAUCAGCGGUUAAUGGAGGUGGGUCCCUGGCCAAGAACAGCACCUCUUCCUCAUCUAGUUCCUCCAGCAGUGGAUCGGCGGGGGCGGGAGCAGGGAAGGACAAAACCAAGAAGGAGAAGGACAAAGAUAAAGACAAGAAGAGGGCAGACUCUGUGGCCAAUAAGCUGGGCAGUUUUGGCAAAAGCCUGGGCAGCAAGCUGAAGAAAAACGUGGGUGGACUGAUGACAGGAAAGAACGCUGGAGCUGGAGGUGUCAAGCAGGAGGGUGGGGAGAAGAAGAAGGGCUCGUUUAGGGGGAGGAAGGGCAGCAAGGAUGGCUCGCCUUCAGCCCACACCUCAGAGGAUUCUGGGAAAGGCUCCCCCUCCUCAGGUAGUGAGCGUCUCAACGGAACAGGGAGCAGUAUGAGCAGCAGUGGUGGGAGCAGUACUGAGAGUGAUACCUACAAGUACAGCGCUGAUGUCAAAGUCAGUCUGGGUAUCUUGCGCGGCGCCAUGCAAGGUGAGAGGAAAUUCAUCUUUGCCAGCCUUCUCACUACCAGCAACCGGCAGCCCUUCCAGGAGGAGAUGAUCCAGCGCUACCUCACGGAUGCGGAGGAGCGCUUUCGUGCUGAGCAAGAACAACAGCGCCGUGAUGCAGAGAGGAAGGGUGUCACCAACGGCAUCCAGCUACCUAAGAAGGAGGCAGUUGGUGGUACAGAGCUAACCUACCGGCCUUACGAGGCCAAAGAGGAACUGUCAGAGAACUCCUCAACUUCCUUCACCCAACUCAAACCCUCUCCUUUGAGCCCCUCUAUGUACUCUGGUGUUGUGCCCAUCCCCAGGCCCUCCUUCAUAGACCAGCCUCCUGCUGCAGUACCCCUCACCCAGCACCUUCAUAUGCAUGGCUACAUGGACACUCGGCGCCAGCUAGCUGGCGGUUCCCCAGCAACCUCCUACCCCGGCCUCCCCUCUUACGCCACCCUUCCCCGGCACUGCCCCACAACACAGGGUCCCUCCCAUCCCCAGUACAAUAACUCACAAGGCCCCGCCUCCCUGAGUCCCUCUCGCCUUGCACCCUCAUAUCCCCCUGAAUUCGACCCACCAGACUACCCUGGGUCUGAAACCGCUGGUGGGAGUUACACAAACGGCUUCCGGGACAUGCGCUCCAACUUAGACUCUCGGAGUGGGCAACCCCCAGUCAGACACUACUCACUUGGCAGCGCCGGUGGUUUGGCCAGCCUGCAGUCCAGCCGCUGUCGGACACCCAGCUGCACCUACUACGGACACCCCGAAACGGGCAACUACUGCUCCUACUGCUACCGGGAAGAGCUGAAAAAGAGGGAGACAGAACCAGCCAUCCACAGGUUCUGAAUGGACCUUUCUAUGGCUUGAAUUUGAUGAGUGGCCUUUUUCAGUUAAAAAAAAAUAACGGCUGGGGCGGAUCAGCCUCUGAAUGGACAAGAGAAAGGCACAACCAGCUCCCUCCCUUUUUUGUCACUUCCUGUUGGAAUAGACCUCAGAAAGUGUCAGAGUCAACAUGACUACAGAAUAAACAGGGUGGUUUCUGACUGCUGGGGUCACAUGUUAGACCAUAGAAUAAACUAACUGCACUUCUGUUACAUUUUUGCUGUGGCUCUUAUGCAGGCGUUAUGUAUGUGUGUACGUGUGUGUGUGUGUGUGUGUGUGUGUGUGUGUGUGUGUGUGCGCGCGUGCGUGCGUGUGCGCGUGUGCAUGCGUGUUGUGUGCGUGGAAGCUGCAGGCUCUCCUCCUUUAUCAGAGUUUAACGCCUUGCUACUGUCUCCUCCUAGUGGAGAGAAUGUAUAUGGCAGGCACCAUACUUAACACUCAUCAACACACAUACAGUACAUGCACACAUUUACACUAAGUCAGACUCACACUACUUCAUACACAGUGAUGCAAGCACAAACUGAAAAGGCACGAGUGUCUCCGCUCCAUUUGUGGUCUGUGAUAAUGUUUGGAUUGAUUAAUUAAGGGAUGUUUGAGCAUUUUGAAGUCACAUCCGGUUUGGGUGAUUUCAGUGUUAUACAGAUUUUACACUACUGUUACUAGAUCCUUGCGUCAUAUGUACCUCGGGAAACAGCAGAAUUAAUCCUUGUCGAAUUGCUUUUUCGUCGGUCACAUUUGCAUAAUGCAAAUUGAAACUACCAAGCAAUGCUAAUGAUUAAGCAUUCUGUGGGCUGCUGUGGUGCUAAUGUUCCAGAAUGCAAACACAUAAAUGUCCACGCAUUGAAGAAAAACUGCUCUGGACUGUUACAAGUAUCUUGUUGGCAAAGCAAAUAUCACCUAAAAACAAAAUCACUUUUGUCCAAUUCAUAUAUCUAUAAAUCGGAUGAUGAAAAUGUCAACCUCUUUUGAAGAUUAAAAUGCAUUUGGUCACAUUAUUGACCGGGCGGUGUAGAACAAAGACGACAUAGCAAAAUAGCACUCGGUAAGAUACUGAUCCAGAGCCUGAUCAAGAGUAUUUCAUGUUUGUUGGAAUGUUUCUCUUUCUUAGUCUGGUCUUCCUCUUUCUGUAAUAAUGGUUGGCAUUGAGGCAUUUGAUUAUUGUGGCCAACCCAGGCAUGCAAUACUACACACUACAAAGUCAAAAUGUUACAUCCAGCACAUCAGAGUUUGGAGACACCAGUCACUUGUGUAACAUGCUGUUAAGUUAAACUGUUAAAGUUGCUGAACACAUUGGUUUUCAGACAAGUAAAGCAAAUGAACUGAUUUGUUAUUAAACAUGUGACAUAAACUGGAGCAGUGAGGAUGUCUGCAGUUGUGACAGUUGUCUCCAAUUUCUGUUUGCAUGAUGCAAAGGGACACAUGCACUUCUGUUGGAUGUUGAUAACAUUGUAUUGACAAAUUAAGGUAAUAGGUUGUGAUUCUGAAACUCACUGUUUUGAAAUGACAAACCCUCUGCGCACUGAUGGUUGAGAAAUGUGAAACAUGUUGCAUACAAUCUCACGAUCACACAAAAGGUUAACUUCAAUGUCAUACAUCCAUGGUGUCCUUGCUAAUAAGACAUCUUAAAGCUUAUUGGUUUGGUCGCUCACUGCAAGUUCUGAAGUUCUACUGAAGGCGGUUUCUUAAUUUAUGGCAUUCGUCCCGCCAAAUCCAGUUGCGUUAUCUCUUUUUGCACAAAUUCAAGCACUUUCCUGAUGUCCGUAGUUACAAAACUUUUUACUGUUUUUGAAGUGGCCUGACUGUUGUCCUUUGUUCAUCUCUGCAGACACUGCCACCUCUGUUCAUGGGAAAGCAGGGGCACAGGUCAGAAGGGUUUCUCUAAAGGAUUCAGUUACUGUCGAGCUACAGCAUUUUGGUGCCAGCGUCACCAUCUAACUCAGUUUCCUAGUUGCCUUUUUCAGCAUUUGUCCUCGUGGCAUCACAAUCCUGUUUGUAUGUUGUGCAAGUCGAACAUCAAGUAUCCACUGCUUGCUUCAUCGCUUGCGGUUUCUACUACUACUGCCCCAAGAUGUAACAAAUUCUUCAUUUUUGAAAAAUUAUGUUGAAGCUAUUAAGAUAAUGCCAUUGUUCUUUUCAGUUAGGCAUAUCAACUAGUUGAUACAGACGGAUGUUCUGUUUGAGUCUUCCUUAUUAUCAUUUCAAAUUCAAAGCUGUUUUAGUUCUACUAAUGUCAAAAUGACUACUUAAAUACUUUAAUUUGUUAUUAUUUCCCCUAUGAGAAGCCAUGGUGAGGAAUUUCUUUUGAGGUAGCGCGACUCUAGCUGCUCUACUCUUGUUGAUUGAACCUAUUCUUUGGAAUUAAGUCUAGAAAAGCACAAUUUAGUAUGCAAUUCACUGCCUUGCCCAGUUGAGGGCACUCUUGUUUUGUUUUUUCUUUUUAAGUCAGUGUUUGGAGCUUACCUUGGGUGACCUAUACUCGAACUACAAAUAAAAAUAACCAAAAUAUUGGGGAAUAAUUUUCAGUAGAGCUAAUUUAAAAGUAUAAUACACUAUUUUCUACACUGCAAAAGCUGGUCAAGGAAGAAGGGAGUCUUUUUGCUGUGUAUUUAAAGUAACACUAGAGUUUUAAUGACAAUAAAACACUUACAUGACGCUAUUUCCCCAAAAAAGCAUUUUCAUUUGCUGUGUUAAUGUGUGUUGACAAGUGUUCAUGCACUAGCAUUUUAAUUCAGACAAAACCCAUGAAGUGUUCCCUUACCGUGGGAAGGUGAUGCUUGUUUUGUUGAAUAAUGUGUAUGUGUGAAUACUCUUUCCCUGCCCUCCAAAGUAAUAAUUAGCCUACAAAAACUUUUUUUUUUUUUUUUUUUUUAUUAUUUUAUGUUUGAAACAGAUGCCUCAGAGACAUGUAAAACAUCAAACGUUACCGGCUACAAACACGUUUUUGUAUUUAAAUAAAAAAAACAAUGAGAGGUUGUAUAAAUAUGUUUCAAGUUAUUUUUGUAAGCCCGAAGUUUUACAGUGUUUUUAAAUGGGUAAGAAUGUAUAUUGUUGGAUAUUAAAAGAGGUAUGGAUGAUAAAUGUGUAAGAGCCCGGAUUGGGGUAGAAUUUGGUGUUUACCAGAAAGUGACAUUUUGGCUGUCGAAGGUAACUCCCAGACGGGCCUCUUGAUACUCAAGGCUCGCUCAUUGCAAACUGAUUUCCUCAAUGCUGACCUACCAUUUGAGAAUAUAUAUUUAUAGUGAGAUUUUUUUAAUAGGUUUCCUUGUGGAAUGUUUAGUUGCAACAUUUUAGGAUGUUCUUUCUCACAUGGCUAAUUGUCUAGCAGUCCGGCUUUUAUUUGUUUGUCGCUUAUUUUGAUUUGUACAUUUUUGUUUACUUUUUUCUACAACCACCAAUCCGUGCUAUGCUAAAACAUGACAGUUAAUGUUCUUGUUGACCCAGCUCGUUUCCUCCAAACCAGAUGAGAAAUGGCUCAGAAUUAGUUUUGCGACACAGCUGACCCGAUAUAUUUUUAUAUAUUGUACAACACUGUAAUUUCUCUGUGGACAGAAUAUUCAUCAUCAGUGACAUUAACAUGGAAUACUUCGAGUUGCAUGGGACUGGAACUGUUGCAUGUAAAUGGCAAUCCAUUUUACCAAAUUUGUGCAUUAUUUUAACUUGAUUUCAUUUGUCCUGGUAUUUUGAUCUGUUUUUAUUUUUUAUUGUUUUAAUGUUUUGCUUUUGUUUUUUUCGAGAGGAGAGCCCUAAGGCUGUGUGACAGUGCAAUCUGGAUAGAAAGAACAUCAGAUUUUAUGUUAGGUUGUUAUUAUUAUUAUUAUUAUUAUAAUUAUUAAUUUUUUUUGCACCGUUUGAAUAAAUUCUCAUUGUAUUUCAAGAA